AGAAAAAAAAAAAAGAAGCAAAAGGGUAGAUGGGUCCAAACUUAUGUAUGUUAACAAGCCCCAGCUGAGUUAUAUAACAGCCCUUUUAGUUCAGUGCAAUAGACUCAUCGUCCUCUCAAACACAUUAGAGAGAGAAACAAAGUGUGUAUGCACAUAUACAUUAUCAUACAAACUAUACAUUUAUAGCACAAGAAAGAGCAAAAGAGAGAAAGCUAUGGCUGUGUUGUUUUUAUCAGUCACUGCUCUCCUUCUGUACAUUGUCUCCACAGUCAUCUCUUGCCCUCAAGGAGAUCUUAAUGCAUUAUUAACAUUCAAGUCGUCUCUAAAAGAGCCAUACUUGGGCAUCUUCAAUACAUGGACAGGCCCCAACUGCUGCUCCAACUGGUACGGCAUCAGCUGCGACCCCACAACCGGCCGAGUCGCUGACAUCAACCUUCGUGGCGAAUCUGAAGACCCCAUCUUCGAAAAAGCCGGCCGGUCAGGGUACAUGUCUGGUUUCAUCAACCCAUCAAUCUGUAAGCUCGAUAGCCUCACUACUUUGACCAUUGCUGAUUGGAAAGAUAUAUCGGGUGAGAUACCGGAAUGUGUAGUUUCUCUGAGGUCACUUCGGAUUCUUGAUCUUGUUGGGAAUAAAAUCUCCGGCAAGAUUCCUACGGAUAUCGGGAAUCUUCAGAGACUCACUGUGUUGAACCUAGCUGAUAAUGAGAUCUGGGGAGAGAUCCCAGCUUCUAUAACUAAGUUGGCUAAUCUCAAGCAUUUGGAUUUAAGGAACAAUCAAGUUUCGGGUGAGUUACCGUCCGAUUUUGGUAGCUUGAAAAUGCUGAGUAGGGCUAUGUUGAGUAGAAACCAGAUUAGUGGGUCAAUACCAAGUUCUAUUGCUAACAUGUAUCGCCUGGCUGAUUUGGAUUUGGCCAUGAACCGGAUUUCGGGUUGGUUACCUUCAUGGUUAGGUAACAUGCCGGUUUUAUCUACUCUUAACUUGGAUAGUAACAUGAUCUCGGGCGAAUUACCGUCAUCUUUGUUGAGUUGUGACGGUUUGGGUAUCUUGAAUCUGAGCCGAAACUCCAUUGAAGGUAAUAUACCGAAUGUUUUCGGGCCGAAAUCUUACUUUAUGGCUCUUGAUUUAUCGUUUAACAAAUUGAAGGGUCCGAUACCCAGUUCUUUAUCGUCGGCUAAGUAUAUCGGGCAUCUGGAUUUGAGUAAUAACCAUCUGUGCGGACCCAUUCCGAUUGGAGCACCGUUUGAUCGCCUUGAAGGAUCAUCCUUCAGUAACAAUGAUUGUCUCUGUGGAAACCCAUUAAGGACUUGUUAAUAACUGCUGUAUCGGCCGAUAAGGGUUAUAUUUUUCCCGAAAUACCGGGUUGUUGUUUCUAAAGUGUUAUUAAUUAAUCAAUGUAAAAGUGAAUGAAUUGUGGGAUUUGUAGAUUUUGAGAUUGAAAUUGUGUACGCAAUGUGAUGCGUAUGUAAUAUAUUAAGAAAAAAAAAGCUUAUGUGUUAAUUAAUUAA